GCGAGCAUACAAGAGUUCUCGUAAGGUUAGGCGAGAUACAUGGAAUAUAUUUCAUCGGUACUACGUGAGAAACCGUUUUCUUCUGAUAACACUUGCAAGCACAUCUGAUAGGAAUUGUCACUGUGAUGAUAUAAAUGUUUGGAAAAGUUUUAAUAUAAAAUAUGUGUAAAUAAUAGGGUCGUCUGCCUAAUUGAAUAGUUCCUAAAAUAUAAUUUAUUUCAUUAUGUACAAGAAGCACACAACUUAAAUUCAAUAUCACAUAUCUCAGAAUGAGAUAUGAAGCUCUUUAAAUUGAUAGUGCAUCAAAAGAAUUUUAGUGGGGAAGAUCUAAUAAUCAAUCCGAAAGAUUACCCUGGUAUAAAAACUGGCGAUGUCGUGGAAAUCUAUCAUUCAGAAGAUGAGUUCAGUCGCUUAUUGUUGCAAGUUACCUCUUUCAAGGAGGAUCUUCAAGGACGUGAGACUAUUAGUGUGGAGAAUAACGUAGCCUCGAUGUUCCAGUUAAGAACAUUUGCCGAUGUAUAUAUGAAUAUAGUCAAUCCAGAAGACGUAGCUCUAGAUUCUAUAGAAUUGACUUUCAAAGACCAGUACAUGGGGCGCAGUGAGAUGUGGCGUUUAAAGAACAGCUUGGUGAACACUUGCGUUUAUAUUAAUAAGAAAAUAGAGUUUUGUGGCGCCUGCUUAAGAUGUCAAGUGCAUGAAAUGUGGUCACAGGGCGAUCGUGUUGCCUGCGGUGUUAUAACAGACGAUACUAAGAUAGUAUUUCGUUCUUCUACAAGUAUGGUAUAUCUGUUUAUUCAAAUGAGUUCUGAAAUGUGGGAUUUUGAUAUACAUGGAGAUCUUUAUUUUGAGAAAGCAGUCAAUGGAUUUUUAUCAGAUUUGUUUCAAAAAUGGAAGAAGAAUGGCAGCAAUCAUGAAGUUACAAUUGUACUCUUUUCGAGGACUUUCUACAAUGCGACUAGCUUGGAAGAAUUUCCAAAUCAUAUGAGAGAAUGCUUGCAACAUGAUUAUAGAGGGAGAUUUUAUGAAGAUUUUUACAGAGUUGCAGUGCAGAAUGAAAGAUUUGAGGAUUGGAGUAAUAUCUUGGUACAAUUACGCAAACUGUUUACUGAUUAUCAAAAAAUUGUUUUGGAGUAUCACCAAAAGCCGGGCACUACUAUGCCCAAAGCAGUGAAUUCCACCGCUGCGCAAGGCAAUUUUCUGGAAGUGUUAAAUAUGUCUCUAAAUGUUUUUGAGAAACACUACUUGGACCGCAGUUUUGACAGAACUGGUCAGUUAUCUGUGGUGAUUACUCCUGGAGUUGGAGUUUUUGAAGUUGACAGAGAGCUGACAAAUGUGACAAAGCAAAGAAUCAUUGAUAAUGGUGUAGGCAGUGAUUUAGUAUGCGUUGGAGAGCAGCCACUUCAUGCAGUUCCUUUAUUAAAAUUCCAUAAUAAAGAUUCUUCUAUUAAUGCACCGGAUGACUACAGCAUGCCUCACUGGAUAAAUCUUAGUUUUUAUUCCACUAACAAAAAGAUUCCCUAUUCUACAUUUAUACCGCGAAUCAAGCUGCCGCAAAGGGUGUCGAAGCAUCUUGCAGAUAAUGGAAAAUUAAAUUGCAAAACUAGACUUCUGCAGGAAGAUUCAAGGGAAUGUCUACAUAAUACUUUAUUCGAUUAUGAUGCUUACGACGCACAAGUGUUCCAAUUGCCAACAGUUCAUACUUCAAGCGUACAAAGAAUAAGUACAAGAACGAAAAAGACGAGUGUAGCGUGUCUUGAAACACAUAACAAUGGUCAUUUGUUAAAGCUCUUGAAACGUAAAAUGUCGGAUCCUGAUAUACAUCAUCCUCCACCUGAGACACAUUCGCCACCAGUUGCUACGUCACGGAGUGCAGCGAUAACGAUUCCACAUAAAAUUGACGACGAUAAUAACGAAUCUAAUGGCGAAAGAACUGGUGUAUCUAGAACACCAAUUAAGAAUGAUUUGACGGAUUCGGAGAUAUCUCCGCCUUUUAGGCCUGUUGUUGGUAGUGCUGGUAGUCCGACGAAUUCAAUUUCUCAACCAACAAAUAUACUUAGACCUGGCAGAGCAUUAAUCAAUCCUUUCGAUCCAUCGCACGUCACCAUUAAACUUACCAGUAAUAGACGAAGGUGGACUCACAUAUUUCCGAAAGGACCAACAGGAGUGCUGAUACAACAACAUCACUAUCAAGCUGUUCCGACACAAACAUGCUCGGAGUCACAAAGUGAGAUUACUUCAUCAACCCUGAGCGGAUCACCGAUGGAACUUGGAGCGAACAAUGCAAAUCAGAUUUCGAGAUCAGCGUCCCAAACAGGAUUUCAAGAUCAUACAAAAGGAAAGCCAUUGCGUUCCAAUCCUACAGCUAAUGGAGAGAAAGCUGUAAAUCCUUCUUCAACUAUGGCGAAUAAGAGUUUGACUCUUUUGUGGGGUGCCACUGGUGAGCAAGAGUGGACGCCUGCUCUUACAACAGCAAUCAUAGGAGUCGAUUGGAAAUCGUUAACGAUUCCCGCGUGCCUACCUAUCACUACAGAUUACUUUCCGGACAAGCGAAGUUUGCAAAAUGAUUACGUCGUGUCAGAUUAUAAUCUGCUUCCGGACGACGUUAACGCUGAUUUUGCUCAACAACGAGCGAUAUACAAAAAACCGCUCACAACCGUAGAAGUGUUUAAAGAGCUGGUUUCACAGCGCUUGGCUCAGGGUUUCCAGUUAAUAAUUUUACCAUCGGUUAACAAAAAUCAAAGCAACGUGGUUGGUAGCAAUGUCGCCGCGUCGAUUAGUACAGUAAUACGCGGCAGGCAGACCGAGUCCGAACCUAAAGAAGAAUAUCUGCUUAGCAUUGGAAGAAUUUUUCAUAAGAUAUCUCUGUUCGAUAAUUCUAUAACAGUCACGAGGUAUCGUCCGAGGCAUCCUUAUCCACCUUUCAAUAUUCACUAUCGAUAUCGGUUCCACGCUCCGCAUCAUGACACGUACGAAGUGUCGUGGGUGUCUUUCACGACAGAGAAACUCGAGACUUACAACUGGAACUAUCUGGAUCAUUAUAUUUGCACACGAGGCCACACCGAUUUCGCUUUAGUGGAAGCUCUCAAAUAUUGGAGGUUUCGGGUAUUUUUAUUGCCACUUCACAAUCAUGCGACCCGCAAAAUUUUGGAGGGUUCCUCGAGAUGCGACAUAUACACACCGCCCAGCAAUGCUGAGCAGGCAUCAUUGAUGGACGGUUUCCUGCGUUUCAUCGAGGGGUGGCUGAACAAAAUACGACGGCCAAACCCCAAUAAAAACUGGAGCCCCACAGCUCUAGGUGGUGUCCCUCCAAGAGAUCCUGCCUCUCAUUUGACCAGACGCAGGCACAGCACGAGCCUGAUAUUCCUCACUAACCAGUUACCCAUACGUGUCAUCAUAUACUUUCCAGACCAGUCUAGUCGGCAGCUCUCCUUUCAGGGAGCGACUCGGGAGCAACCGUCUGCCAGAGAAACCGAGACCAAGGAGAGGCAUGUAGUGAAUACCGCUGCGACUGCCCGUACGUGCCUCGACACUCCUCGCCACGUGCCAAACAGAUCAGGCUCCAAAGUGAUGGACAGAGGCCGUGUAUCGCCUGCUAGCGAAGCCGUUUUGCCGUUGUCGAUCGAGCAACAACAACAGGAUCAUUUUGAUACCAAUGACGACAGUACGAGCAUGGAGUUGACGAAGAUAAAAAGCAAUGCGACGAACGCGGAAAUUUUGGAGGCCAUGAAACACCCUCAGACUGGUGUCGGUUUCUUAACGCAACAUCCCUCACUUCCAAGCCAAACAUUUGUUAGUGCCGACGCGAUCCAAUGGUUAAAUAAUCAUAUAGAAGGCGGUGUGGAAGUCGAGCAAAGUAUUAAUAUCAUGAAGGGAAUGAUUCAAGACAAAUUAAUAUGCCAUGCAUCCGGCGACUUCUCGCAACCAUUUAUCUUGGGAUUUUAUUUGUAUCACAUUGUGCAAGAUAAGGAAAAUCAAAAAGCCGCGGAUUAUUCCGCUCCACUUGGUGAUCUACAGAGUUUCGAGAACGAGUGGGUGGAGGUGGAGAUGAGACCGCCGAAAGGGUGGUGCGAACAAACAUCUUCGAUAACACUGUCAACAGUUUCAUCUCCCAUAACCAUACCUAGUUGCGACACGAUUGACGAAUCCAAUGUUCCACCUUUCUUGAGAGACGACAUCGAUUUGACGGAAUCGAUAGACGAUAGAAAUUGCACGGUGCCAUUGUAUAAACACACUCACCUUGAUAUCGACAUUAAUACUAAAAGCGAUAGGAUCGAGUGGGGUCAUUUAAGGUAUCAAUCUACUUACAAAGUUGAUCAUUCUUACGAACUCGUGGCGCAAUGGGUGGCAUCGUCCGGCAGUAUAGUGGCCGAUCUAAUAUUUGUUUGGCAUCGCAAAGCUCAAAUGUGCGGGAUACAGAUGGUGCCCAUUCCUAGCGACUUAUUAGCACUGCCAUAUACCUUGAAGAGCGAUCCUCUCAGAGGACCUAUUUUCAUACCACUCGACACGGAAUGCUUGAUGACGAAUAAACGAUAUCUCUUUGAAGAGUUUCGGGAAGAUACGUACGCGCAAAGACUAUUUUUAUUUCAAGAGGCAAUUCUGCAGAGAUUCGGCUUCGUAUCGUGCUUAGUUGAGAACACGGAGCAUGAUCGUCAAUACGUUCACCUCACUGGCAACGCAUUUAUACUAGUGCCAUCGACUACGAAUACUCGACCGCGUCCACGGACCGGUACCAACGUUGUGCGGCGGAACAUGGGACAGAAAAGGUAUCCGGUCCAUCCGGACCAGCCGAGUCCGCAUGAAGCGUACAUCACUAGGCAUGUUGGUGGCAAAAAUAAGGAUGACCAUAAUAUGGACAGAAGAAUGGGUUUUUUGUGGUCCUGGAAUCACAUGGUCAGUCGCAAGUGGAGGUCCACCUCGACGGGCGAUGAAUUAUUUCAGAAAAAAAUCAUAGAGGAUUUCCGACAUUUCUGUUCCAAUGGAGACAACAGACUCAAGUUGUUUUGGGAAAGCUGUUGGGAGUUGAAGGAGAAAACGUGUACAAAAACCAAAUAGCAGGAUAUUAUUUUUUAAUGUUUUUUAACUUUGUCUGAAGAUUUAUAAAUUGUCACGAAUCAUAUAGUAAAUUUCAUCAAAUUAUCAUCAUCAUUCAACUGUUAAUUUUAAUUCAUCAAAAGUCAUCGAUGUUUAUGAGGUGUAAUCGAUAUAAGCAGGAUUGUAAAAGUAUACAUAAAUUAUUUGUAAUUACAAACGAAUGAAGAAUGAUGAAGAUUUUAA